ACCUGCUCGAUCACCUGCUCUAUCACCUGCGGUCGGGGGUUCGGGGAAUUUAUAGGGGGGAUCACAUAGUUUUUAGGGGGGGAGGUAAGAGAAAUCAGUCGACACCAACGGAGCAUAAAGGUGGACUUUAGAAAUUGAGUGUUAAUUUAAUUUCUUUUUUUCAAGCCUUAUUUUCACUUCUGCUCAAGUGGUGUCCAUUACCGCGAACAUCGGUUUAAUAUUCACUUCUUUAUUCGUAGUUCACAUGCAUGAUUUACAUAUAUUGAUAGUCAGUUAUAGCCCAGAAGGCAAAAUUGUUAAAUGCUGAUUUGCUGGGACAGAGGACAUUUUUCCUUAACAUUGGUAAAUCCCCCGGGAAACUACUAAAUUUAGAACCCUUAAAACGGCUUAAUGUCGUGUAUUAUAAUUUUCUUGGAUGGCGAAUGUUUUUUAAAAGGGCUAAUUCGCGCAUUUUACAAUUCAUUAACCCUAACAAAACAAUGAAAAGUCCUGUAUUUAACACGGCCAUAUGCGAUUACCUAUCCAUCUUCGUUUCGCUUUCGGCCAGUAAUUGUUGUAUACUUUCAUAGACGCUUCGUAGUAUAAAAGGUUGCGAAAUAUGAAGAAGGAUUUUCUAGCCUGACAAAAUAUUCACGGCCUCCAAAGCUAGUGGAUGGCAUCUGUAAGGUUUGGUAGCGCUUGCGAAAGUUUUUAUGAGUGAAAAAAUCAUUUGUACCAAAAUUGACUUUAAGUUGACAGGUAACCUCGCCUAGUGCCACACGAAUAUUUUUCUGACGUCAGAGUUCACAUGGAGAUCAGCAGGUCUCCUUUACUUCGAAUUCAAAACCAUGCUAAAUUUAUGGCGAUGGAUCAGAAGAGGGCCAACACAGCGUAGAUGGAGGCGACCUGCAUUUAUCUCAUUGAUUAUGUUGAUAGGUACAUGUGUUUUGGGAUCGCUCUUGAUUACUUCGCUACCUAAACGAGGCGUUCGCUUGCAGGAAUUAGACUCACGCCGUCCAGUCGCAUACACGAAGUUAGGAAAGUGUCAAAAUACUCCAAACGGCGACAUUGACUGCCCAGAUAUCCGUCAGUUGGGUUCAACACCACUUCGAAAGGCUCAGUUAGUGCUUACAAGAAUUCUUCGAAUCUUUGAUCUGAUUGCAAAAAAGCACGGUAUAAAAUACUGGUUAACUAGAGGCAGUCUUCUCGGAGCGAUUCGACAUGGCGGCCACAAUCCUUUCGACGAUGACAUAGAUAUUUGCAUCCCUAAAGCAGACUUUGAAAAGUUUGUUAAAUACGGUCUGAAAGAACUUCCAGAUGAUAUAUUUUUCCAAACAGAAGACACCGAUGUAUUUUACAAAAUUCCGCCUCAAAGUGGAAUGUUGGGGAAACUUCGCGACACCAAGAGUUGUUAUAAGUAUUGUCUUCGUAACGGCUGCAAGUUUGCGGAUGGUUUGCAACUUGAUAUGCUGGUACUAGAGACGGAUUCUGAUGGCAAUUUUUUAAACCUGUUCAGUCAUUCCUCAUGGUUCGUACGAAGAUUUAUCUACGGACCGUUGAGAAGAAAACGGACCGACAUUUUCCCUUUAGUUGUAGUGAAUUUCGAUGGGUUUGCUUUACCAGCACCGCGCGAAUGGAGGAAACUUCUGACAUCAUCUUAUGGUGAUUUUAUGAGAAUUCCAUACGAAAAACCGUUGGCCCACAAAAUAACAGAUGCACUGCGAAGUUGUGAAGAGAUAGAAAAAUUAAGGCUAUAACUUUAAAUUAAAGUUUGAGCUUAGUUUCAUUUCAUCUGAAUUUUUUAGCAUAUAUUAACUUUAAGUAUUUACACAAGGUGACACUCUGGUUUAUCGCUCAUCAAUUAUUAAAAGUUUUAAAGCAACUUUUCAUAGGAAAACUAUGAAAACUUAACAUUUCCAAACACUUUAUCAAGAAACGUUUCGAAGUUUGGUAAAAUUUCCGCACAACCCCAUACUAUUGUAAAACAAAAUUUGUUUUCCCAGUUUUCUGUUUUUUUGUUGUUGUUGUUGUCUGUUUUUUUGCGAUCCAUUGUUUUCGUCAUUGUUUUCUCUAUCCAAGAACUGAAUGCGUAAUGUAGUAUGGGGCUGUGAGGAAAUUUUACCCGAAGUUUAGUUAGAGUUAUGAAUUUUUCUGAAAUUUAAGCGAGAGAGUAUUACCAUGUAAAAACAGUUCAUUACAGACUAAUGAAAUGCUCUUCAAACUGACAAAGGUUGAUGUUUCAUCGUAUUAAUUCUUAAAGACGCUUUUAACGGCAACUUUCCGAGUUGACAUCAAACCAUUCGUAAAUGGUUUAUGACGGUUUGAAAUUCCAACUUAAGUAAACGGUGACGCGGGAGUUGCUUGGGGUUUCAGGGUUAAAAUUUGGUUUGCCAUGUAAACGAAGUCAGUACUCGUAACGGAGAAUAUUUUCAUUGUUUAGACCACCUUGAUAGCAAAAGUUGGAUACCAUAUGGGUAAUAAAUUAACCACAUGUAAAUUACUUUAGUAAUGAAGUGAUGUUGUCGAAUGAAUAUUUACUUUCAAACCAUAUUCUUCCCGGGAGCAUCGAGAAUACAUUUUAUUUUUGAAGGAA